AAUAAGUUGGUUUUCAUAAGACGUGAUCAAGUUGCAUUUAUCAGUUGUUUCAUAUUGAUGUUUCACAUCUCUAAUUACACGGAAGAUACAAUUUAAAAGAAUGCGCUUACUUUUUCAAAUAGUCGCUCUAGGCUUAAAUUGAAUAAUAGACGUAUUUAACCGCGCAUGCGUCCUACGAGCAGUGAGAAGUAAGCUACGUAAUGUCCGUGCUAGACAGUAGAAACUAGGAGAUUCUCUGCCACUUGUCGUUCGCAGGGCCAGUGAUUGAGUUGUGAAACAUAUAAAGACGUGUGAAGUCUUACCAUUGCAAUUUAAUUACUGAAGAUAACAAAAACAAGUUUCCAUGGAGCACAUAUUAAAAGGUGGUUCCUAUAAAAACCUCGAUGGGAAAGGAAGUUUUGCUAUGUUUGAUGCUAAAGACAUGAUUCCUAAAAAAAUUAAUGUGAAGAAGCAUCUAGAACCUCUUUGUAGACAUUUUGAGAUUGAAAGUCAUAAAGUUUUGAAUAAACACACUAACAGUGACUUAUUAAAACAACCCGAAAAAAUGCCUAACUCCGAAGAAACUGCUCUCCUUAGCAAAUUGUCUCUUGACAGUAUGGACGACAUCGAGCUGAAGAACAUCCAGCUGCAGCUACCGAGCUCGCGGCGGUACAGCGACGCCAUCUUGGAGGAGCGGGUCCAUACGGACCGCGGUGACGUCAGCGUGGUCGUCCAGGGUGAUCGCUCCAAGCCAGCUAUACUCACCUACCACGACAUCGGACUUAACUGCACCAGCUUCCAAGCGCUGUUCAACUACGUGGACAUGCGCGCGCUGCUCGAGAACUUCUGCGUGUACCACGUGAACGCGCCUGGCCAGGAGCAUGAUGCCCUCACGCUACGUGACGAGUACAUCUACCCCACCAUGGACGAGUUGGCCAACCAGAUUAACUACGUGAUGGUACAUUUCGGCUUCAAAACCUUUAUCGGCUUCGGAGUGGGCUUCGGCGCGAAUGUGCUCGCCCGCUUCGCUCUGUCCAACUCUGAGAAGGUGGAUGCUCUCACCCUCAUCAACUGCACCAGCAGCCAGGCCGGCUGGAUAGAGUGGGCGUUCCAGAAGAUGAACUGCCGAGCGCUCCGCUCUCGCGGCAUGACGCAGAAUGUCAUCGACUAUCUGAUGUGGCAUCACUUCGGACGGUUCCCCGAAGACCGCAACCAGGACCUGGUCCAGGUCUACCGCUCGUACUUCAUGCGGAGCGUCAACCCUGUGAACCUGGCGAUGCUGCUGGAGAGCUACACCAGCCGCACGGACCUGGGCAUCUCCCGCGAUGGGCCGUCUAUCAAGGUCCCCGUGCUGAAUAUCACGGGCGCUCUGUCCCCCCAUGUGGAGGAUACCGUCACGUUCAACGGUCGACUGCAGCCGUCUAAUUCUACUUGGAUGAAGAUUUCUGAUUCUGCGAUGGUUCUGGAAGAGCAACCUCAGAAGAUAUCAGAAGCUUUCCGCCUCUUCUUACAAGGGGAGGGUUACGUGGCGCCGCUGUCGCCAACGAAAAUAGUGGCGUUCCGUCGUCUAUCGGACGCGAGCCGUCGCCGCCCAUGCCGACACUCGCCCGUCAUCCGCAUCACAGAGAACCCUAUCUCCGAAGCCGUGGUCUGCUAAACCACUAACACAACCACUAACCACUAGCGGUCAACAACUAACCGCUAGUGGCCAAACCACUAGUGGUAAACCACCAACAGUGGCAAAGCACUAACUGCUAGUGGUGAAGCACUAACUGUUAGCGAUCAACAACUAACGACUAGUGGUCAAACAAUAACCACUCGUGGUUAUACCAUUAGUGGUCAACCAUUAGGGUUGUUCCACAGAAAUCAUAGUAAUGAAAUAGAAAUGGCCUCCCAGAUUAAAGAAAUAAACGCGUGCCGCGUCAAUCUAUAUUAAUGUACGCAAAAAAUAAUUCCUAUCAAGAAAAAAACGACUUCGCUAUCUUCCUAUAGCGAUAAAACCGGACUGGGACGUUAAUAUAGAAUGUCAGGAUUUUUACCCGACUGUACCGAAGGAGUUUUUUUAAGGGUAUGUAUACAGAUUGACACGUUCUACGUCGUUAAAUUAGACUUGACAUAUGUCGUAUUCUAGUCGUGAAGUGUAAAGGCAGUCGGGUUUUUUUCUGACAAGCGGCGCGUGACCAUUUCUAUUGAAUUAAUGUCUGUGUGUCGUUCACAUUAACACUCGUCCUCCACACCCCACUAGUAGUAGCGUCAUUGUUUUACUGUAGCCGUUACGUAGUUCAUUUUUAUAUAAGCUUUUUGACUUUGCUAAACGAAAUAUUCAUAAUUACAAUGAAAUGUGUUAAUGUGGACGGACUCUUUGUAACGAUUGUAACUAUAUACGCUCGAUAUUUAUCCUAUUUUUUUAUUCGACGACAACGAUAAGACGUAGAAGUAUUUUUAAAUCGUCCGAUGCGAUAUCGUACCGAGAAUAGUAAAAACACAUAAGUGAAACCUGCCUACAUAACAUAACUGCCGUAGCAUCGGUUUCUUUUAGGCAAGAAUAGACAAAAAGUAACAGACAGACUGACGUAGAAAAUCUGUCAUUAUGUCCCAAAAAUUGACAGUAUUCCCAAAAAUUUAGAGUAUUAAUCUCCCGAGGUAUGCUAAGCCUGCUAUCAUUUACAUUAUCGGUUCGAUAUCGUAUCGGAUAUCGACUAUUAUAGGAUGGAUAUCGAUCGUGUGUGCUAAAUGGAAGUUGUCUGUAUGUGGAUUUCCUUUACUUCUUUUGUAUUACUAGCAUUAUGUUACCAUAGCCAUAUCUGAUUUUCGUCAAUUAUUAUUUUAAGUUUAUUAAAAUUACAAAAUGCUUAAUAUAUUUUAGCUAGGUAAAGUAAGCUUUAAAUUAUUUUCUUUAAGUAAAUCUCAUCCGAAGAGGCGUUAUCAAAGAGUUUACUCACAGGGAAGAUCUGUGGCCCUGGCCUAAACAAUUUUCGAGGACGUAUUCGCAACGUUUUCAAAUAAAAGUUAUUAUCAAUUGUAACUUUUAUACAGUAGCGUGACAUUUCGCAAAUUGUUUAUGCUGGGGCUGCUGAAGGGCGGAGUUACUGCCGAUUCCUACAUCGCGAUAGUAUAUUGCCAUAACACAGUAAUAGAUAAUGUAUAUAUAACAUAUCAUAUGAUAUCGGUGUUCGAAUCGGAGUGAUCUUCGCCGGUUUAGGUCGAAUGGUUUAAAGGGAUCAGACGUUUUGAAGAUUUGUUAGGCUAUGAAAAGAAUGAUUGUGAUUAAAAUAUUUCGAGCUAUAUAUAGUAUAUAUUUCGGCCUGUUAAACGAAUUGUGAUCGUAUGAGUUUAUACUUUAAUGUUAGCUUUUAAUAAAUUAUUGUGUUUAUUAUUUAUUAUAGGUGUUAAACAGUGUAGCGAUCUGUAGAAGUGUAGUAGCACUAUGACGUGUCUUCUGACCAACACGAUGUUCUAAAAGAUGCUUAAUACACAUAAAUAUAGAGUUCAAUUUCAAACUGUCGUAUGCUGUUCCUAAAUAGUGUUAGCGUCAUACAGUUAUCGCUUCGUAGACAUACAAUGGAUAUAUAGUGGAACUAUAACGUAUAGUUACAGACUAAACGCUACGUCGUACUUUUGUUAUUCUAUUUUCUUACUUUCCUUUUGGUCUAUAAUAAAGGUGAUUUUAAUAA